AGUUGCGCGUCGACGUUCUGUGGGGGAGUAUGUGUCGAUGGCGUCAUUGUUUUACGUAUCGCAACACCCGCCACUUUUAAACACAAAUUAAAAGCCGCCCGAACAUUAAGCUUUUACGAUAAGGAUUGAUACGUUCGUUUCAGGGGGUAAACUUUGGGUUUUUUUCUGAUACCAAAUGGGGCCUAAAUAAAUUAGAAAGGGUUGUCGCGCGCUUAAAUAAAUAACAUGGCGUGCAAGGCCUUUCAUUAGCAUCUGAGAUAGCGAAAUUUCCUGACAAUCAACAAUAGUUUUGUGUAAAUAUGCCGUCGUUUAUAGUGAAAUAGUGGUAGUUGAGUUGGUAGUGUGUUGUGAUACUAUAUUAUUAUAAUAUUGUUGUGAAUCGAAAUGGCUCUAAUUGCGGAUUUAUUGCCCGUUUUCGUGUGGUGUAUCACCCUUUCUGGAUUUCCCGUAAAUGCACAAUACCGUUCACCGCGCAUAAGUGAACAUCCUUCCGAUAUAAUAGUCGCCAAGAAUGAGCCAGUUACUCUAAAUUGCAAAGCGGAAGGUCGUCCCGAACCUUCAAUUGAAUGGUUUAAGGAUGGAGAACCCGUAAGAACCUCACCAGUCGACAACAAAUCCCAUCGAGUCUUGCUACCCUCCGGCUCUCUGUUCUUUCUACGAACGGUGAAUAGCAAAAAGGAGCAAGAUGGUGGAGUAUAUUGGUGUGUCGCUAAGAAUAUCGCCGGAUCAGCCGUGAGCCGUAAUGCCACUCUGCAAGUUGCCGUUUUACGGGACGAAUUUCGUGUUGCUCCAACGGAUACGAGAGUGGCGGCUGGAGAAACGGCUCUACUGCAAUGCGGUCCCCCAAAAGGACACCCUGAGCCAAACGUCGUUUGGAAAAAAGACGGUAGCGAAGUCGAACUCGACACUCGAAGAAUACGAAUCGUAGACGGUGGCAAUUUGAUGAUCUCAGAUGUUAGGCAGCACGACGAGGGACGUUACCAGUGCGUCGCCCACAACCUUGUCGGUUCUAAGGAGACGCCGCCGGCCAUGCUCACCGUCCACGUGAAACCCUUUUUUAAUAAAGAACCUCAAGAUGUAAUCACGUUGGUGGGGCAGAGGGUUGUUUUUCAAUGCGCGGUCGACGGUGAACCUGUCCCCAAUGUGCUUUGGCGAAGAGAAGACGGUAAGAUGCCCAUUGGAAGGGCGCGAAUCAUGGACGAUAAGUCGCUCUUGAUCGACAGCGUCCAGACUUCGGAUGAAGGUUUAUACAUUUGUGACGCGGAAAAUUUGGUCGGAAGCGUGACUGCGCGAGCUUCACUGACUGUCAACUCGCCUCCUACAUUCAUUGAGAAACCGAGGGACCAAAAAGUUAGUCUUAAUGGUAUUGUCGAAUUCAACUGCGCGGCUUCUGGCAAUCCGCCGCCUUCGGUGUUUUGGAGUAAGGAAGGUUCGCAACUGUUGAUGUUCCCGGAAACGUCUUACGGGCAUAUGCAUGUCAAUUCGCAGGGCACCUUGAAAAUUCAAGGAGUCCAGAGGGAGGACGCGGGGUUUUUGGUUUGCUCGGCGUUGAGCGUUGCGGGUUCUAGUAGCGUGAGGGCAUUUCUUCAGGUCAUUUCUGUUGCGGACUUCCCGCCUCCGAUAAUCCAGAUAGGUCCUGCCAAUCAAACCUUGCCGUUGCACAGCAUGGUGACUCUGCAUUGUAAGGCAUCCAGUCCUGAAGGGGAACAGCCCAAAACACGUUGGUUGAAAGACGGGAAGAUCUUGCAGCACGUUAGUCUUCCAGAUAGGUACACAAUUAGCAGUAAUGGCGUUUUGGAUAUUGAUGAUUUACGCCUCGACGAUUCUGCCUUGUAUACUUGCUCGGCGGUUACCGAAAGUGGAGAGAGCUCUUGGUCGGCAUCUCUGAGCGUCGUCGAGGGCUCGGCUACACCGCUACAUCGAAGUCCGGAUCCGUCGACGUUUCCGAAGGCUCCCAGCAAACCGCGGAUUUUGAACGUAACGGAAUCGAGCAUUGUGUUGUCUUGGGAUAGUGACGAUGAAGAAAAUCUGGUAGGUUACACUGUUGAAUAUUGGAGCCCCGAUCUGCAAACUGGCUGGGUGGUUGCGGCGCAUCGCGUCUCCAGUCCUUAUAUGUCAGUGCGCGAACUGAAACCCGAUAGUUCCUAUGUGUUUAUAGUGCGCGCGGAAAACGCUCACGGACUGUCUCCUGCCAGCACGGUAUCGUCAGUUGCUCGAACGUUAAGCAAUUCGAGAGCGGUUCCACGUUCCGAGCUCGACACCGCGAGAUCUAUGUUGAGUACUAAAAUUGUAGAGCUACGAGAUGCCCGUCCGUUAUCUUCAAGCUCGGUAAAAUUGCUGUGGACGUUAUCGGUUACCGCGCCUGAUUACGUUGAAGGUAUUUACAUUCGGUUUCGCGAGUUAUCUGGCGGUUCCCACAAUUACAAUAUUCUUACCGUCCUAGACGUACAAAGUGGUAGUUACGCGGUGACGAAUUUAAAGAAGUAUACCAAAUACGAAUUUUUCCUUUCGCCGUUUUAUAAAUCUGUCGAAGGGCAACCUUCAAACUCGCAAAUAUCGCAAACGUUAGAAGAUGUACCGUCAGCACCACCUGAUAGUAUUACCGCUGGCUUGUUUAAUGAAACGACUGGAUGGGUCCGAUGGUCGCCGCCUCCACCUCAACACCACAACGGGAUAAUUGUGGGGUAUAAGUUGCAAAUUAAAGGCAGCGCAAUUCGUUCUUUAACAUUAAACUCCACUACGACAUCAGUUUUGGUCAGUAACCUAACUAGUGGGGGUUCUUAUAAUGCAAGAGUAGCGGCUUUAACGCAGAUCGGUAUGGGCCCAUUCUCUACUGCCGUCCCUUUGCUAAUUUCGCCAAGAGCACAGAGUCCCAGGACUCUGGGCCCGUUUGUACCUCUAGUGAGGCAAACGUGGUUCGUGGUUCUGCUGGCAGUAUUGGCCUUGUUAUUGUUGAUCGGAACCGGUGGAUUUUUAUACCUAAAACGAAAGCAUUCGCUGAGUAAACAACUGGGACACCUCAACGUCCCAGUUGUCAACGCAACGCAGCUAAACACAAAAGAAAGCCUGUGGAUUGAUCGUGGGUGGCGACCAGCAGACUGUGACAAGGAUUCUUCGAUUCCUUUAGCGCCACAACCCGCCGACUAUGCCGAGGUAGAUACCAAAAGCAUGUCGACAUUCUACAACUGUCGAAAAUCACCAGAAAAUCCGACCCCGUACGCGACCACGAUGCUUUUACCACCACCGACAUGGUCGGAAUUAAUACCACCGCCUCCCGACCACCCUCCACCCGAAUGUCCCCGCGAAAACCCACCAAUACCGCCACCACGCGGCGGCAGCAGCUGUGGAAGCGGUGGUUACGCCUGCUACGCCGUUCAUGUUCCUAAUCAACCCAGUCUGUGCAACAAUAGACUUCCACAGUACCCUAGAGGAAACAACCCGUGUACCAACUGCGACGCACAUUGUUCCCUUGCCAGUGGUAGUUCCGGUCGCAGGUCCACCCCCAGAGGACACUACCAUCACUCGCACAACUGUGAUAAUAAAGUGUGGGGAAAUCACUUUAAUUGGGACGACGGGGACGCCGACGUCGAGACUGAUAAACACUCUUGUUCGAGCAGCCACGACACCACAUGCUCGUGUAGCGAAUCUUCGUGUUUAUACGCCGAAGCGGGCCCUUCAACCCCGGCCAUAAAACCACCACCAUCGCAGUGCCAAAUGAAGCGAUGCGUCAAGUGAAACACAAACUUAAACAAAUUGCCUCCUCCAUUUGUUGACUAGUCGUUAGAUGUUUAGUUACCCUUUAACUCUUUGGUCUUCCCCUCUCGCAAUCAUCUCCUCUCAGAAACGAAUCACCCGUCCAUAGUUUCAAAAAUUUGCCGAAAAAGGGUUUUAUAUAAUAUAUCAUAGAAAGCUGUGACGACUGAUCUUUUUUUAUACACGUGUAGAUAUUUUCUAAAACUUGAUACAAUCUUGACUGAAUUCCUAUUAUUCUUUAGCAAUAUGUCGAUUAGAGAAAAUCCUAAGUAAUUGUUAAACUAUUGUGAUCUAGGUUAUAUUAUCGUGUGGCGCGUGUAAAUAAUAUUGUUAUAAACUAAUUCAUAUUUGUAACAUUUGUAGCAA